GCGUGACCACGCGCUUCUUCCAUGCGGUCCUGAGGUAACGCCGAAGUCUAGUGGAGGGCGAGAGUCUCACGAAGAAACAAGGACACUUUGGGUUUUAUUGGCGAUACAAACUGCAGUUAAUAACCACAAAAAUGAUGAACGGUUUCCAUAACGCUCUUAUUGACGAGGAUUCCUUCCUUUUCACGUCUGAAUCUGUAGGAGAGGGCCAUCCAGAUAAGAUCUGUGACCAGAUCAGUGAUGCUGUCCUGGAUGCCCAUCUUAAGCAAGACCCCGAUGCCAAAGUGGCCUGUGAGACUGUUGCCAAGACUGGCAUGAUCCUUUUGGCUGGCGAGAUCACAUCGCAUGCCAAUGUGGACUACCAGAAGAUCGUCAGGGACACCAUCAAACACAUCGGCUAUGACGACUCCACGAAAGGCUUUGACUACAAGACCUGCAACGUGCUGGUGGCUCUGGAGCAGCAGUCCCCAGACAUCGCACAGGGCGUUCACCUGGACCGCAACGAGGUGGACGUGGGAGCAGGAGACCAGGGCCUAAUGUUUGGCUACGCCUCUGACGAGACUGAGGAGUGUAUGCCACUGACAAUCACCCUCGCCCACAAGCUCAACGCCAAGAUGUCCGAGUUGAGGCGCAAUGGCACCCUGCCCUGGCUGAGACCCGACACCAAGACUCAGGUGACGGUGCAGUACCGUCAGGACCGCGGUGCCAUGCUGCCUGUGCGCGUGCAUACUAUCGUGAUCUCGGCGCAGCACGACGACGACAUCUGCGUGGACGAGAUGCGCGACGCGCUGAAGGAGAAGGUGGUGAAGGCCGUGGUGCCCUGUGUCUACCUGGACGACGACACCAUCUACCACCUGCAGCCCAGCGGACGCUUCGUCAUCGGAGGACCUCAGGGAGAUGCUGGUCUGACGGGCCGUAAGAUCAUUGUGGACACGUACGGAGGCUGGGGAGCUCACGGAGGCGGCGCCUUCUCUGGGAAGGACUACACCAAGGUGGACCGCAGCGCCGCCUACGCUGCCAGAUGGGUGGCCAAGAGCCUCGUCAAAGCCGGCCUGUGCAGACGCGUUUUGGUGCAGGUGUCCUACGCCAUCGGAGUAGCCCACCCACUCUCUAUCUCCAUCUUCCACUACGGCACGUCCCAGAAGAGCGAGACCGAGCUGCUCGACAUCGUCAAGAAGAACUUCGACCUCCGACCUGGAGUCAUUGUUAGGGAGCUUGACCUGAAGAGGCCCAUCUACCAGCGUUCUGCAGUAUACGGACACUUCGGACGGGAGUCCUUCCCAUGGGAACAGCCCAAGAAGCUCCAAUAUUAACACACAUGCACACACAUCUACAUUGAGCAUCCUUGCAUGCCUGCUAGUGUAACUACAGAGAAGCUACAGGCCUGUGGGGUGCUCUGCACACACACACACACACACACACACACACGGCUAUCUGUUCUCCAUGUGCAACUCCUUUCCACUGUUCAUGUGCCAGUGAGCUUUGUUUGACUGUUUGACUGCGGUCAUGAUGCCCCCUUUGUAAUUUUUAUUUGAGGAUUUGUUUAAUUAAUUGGUUGAAGUGCCUACUUCUGUUUUGACAAAUGUCUUGACUCAUACUCAUGUUGAUAUGUGUUUUAAAGACGUCCCAAUCCUAACCUUCCCUUACCUGGUGGCCGUGUGUGUUAGUCAUCUGUGUGUGUCUCUGGCAGACACAACAUGGUAGACCCUCACAUGCCCCACACAGACCAAACAAUGUGACUGUUAACUACAACAAUUGUUGGGAAAUGUAAAGUCUUUUACCCCCGUGCACACACAGCUAAGAAUUUCACGUUCUAGUUGCAGUGCUUUUUUUUAGAAACCUUCCACCUUUAUUUAUUGAUGUCCCAAAAACUGGGCUUACAGGCCCUGAGAUUAUCCCCCUCUCUACUGCAACAAAGACUCCAACCAACAAUGCUCACUCGCUCAUUCAAAUGCACACACACACCCAUACAUACAUGCACACAUGAAAGCUGAUGGUGAAAUGUUGCUGAUUGUGUCUUCGAGAGUGCGAGGGGCCCAGAGUGUGGUACAGAAAAGCUCAUGGUUUCCCCCUCCACUCUCUCUCAGGCUGCUGGGCAGGUUCCCUUAACAAUCGCUCCCCCUGAAUCCCCCCCCACUCUUAUCCCGUGGUGGUGGUGUUGGUGGUGGGUGGCAAGGAGAGGCAAAGUCUGGAUGGUGUUGUACAGAGAAACCAGCCUUGUUUACAAGCCUCCCUCACCCCCUUACGGCACCACUGCACGGAUAGAUGGGGAGAUCAGGAUGGUACGGUUGAUUUAUUUUUUCAUUUUUUUAAAGUCUCUUUAUGCCAUUAAAGAGAACUAAAUAACAA